AUGGCCACCGACGAUCCCUGGAAGGCAGCCUUCGGCUCCAUCUCGGGCGUCUUCGAGUACAGGGUAAUGCCGUUCGGCCUUAAGGGCGUCCCGGCGGCCUUCCAGGCCAAUAUCAAUGCCUACUUGCAGCUGUGGCUAAGCCAAGGGGUUAUCGCUUACCUGGAUGAUGCGCUCCUCUACACUCCUGACCUCCGUUCCCACUUUGACCUUCUUCGUAAGGUCUUAGGCGUGUUCGUACACCACUUCUACCCCGGGCUUCGGAAAUCUCGUUUUGCCCAGACGAAUCUCACGGGUAGACCACUGACGCUGAGAGUUUGUCCGGAAACUCUAGCGAAUGUCACAGAGGUCUGUCAGUUCCUCGGCAGUGUGAAUUGCUGUCGGAUGUUCAUGGGACCAGAGUUCGCGCUAAGCCUCUAG